CUAGGUACCUUAGGUACAUUUGUAAAUGGGAAGGCACUACCAGCAAUCUACAUGUAAUUUGUAGAAGAUAUUUAUAAGAAUUGUAAACCGAAUAACACGUGAUGACGUCUCCUCGGGUACAACGGAGUUCUGCAAACAAUCUCUAAAGGCAAAAGGUUAACGAGGAUAAGGUUGACACCAGUAUAUACACUCGGAAUAUUUACUCAGGAGGCGCACCUCUACAAUUACAUCUCUCCAAUAUCACCACAGAGGCUAUGUUAAAUAAAGACAUGUAGCUAAGACAUGUAUAAACAACUUGAAUAUCGCCAGAAGGCUAUUUCGCCAAAUAUCAUCAUAAGAACGUUAAAAACAAGACGUAAAUAAAAUGUCUCUCAACUUCCCGCCUAUCUAUCUAUUACCUACUCACAUCGAACCCGACGAGUUGCCAAGGCUGCAGAGUAAAAUACCAACUUUGACUCAUGACAUCGAUAAGUCUAAUAUCACCCUGGGCAAGAUAUCUAAUAAGGAAAGGGCGAAGUUCGAACUGAGGCGCAGAAGCAUCCUGACUGAAGAUAUAAACUUAUCCCCUGUCCCACUCUUUAUUCCAGAGACGCAGGCAGAUGACCCAUCUCCGCCACCGAAGCGAAGGAAGCUCUCAAGCUCGGUCUCUCCUAAAAUCACGCGUGAUUGUAGACAGACAACUGGAUCCGAAGGAGAGAGCCUUGAUGACGGCGGAAGUACUUUUAGCAGGGCCAGUUGGGAAAACCAGGGGUUAGGAAAUACUGCAGACGAAGAUGACAACUCUAUCGUCAGAGUUGUGAAACUAUCCUGGUUCAUGGAUUGCUUGGCUCAGGACAAUAUACUCCCAAUAGAUAAGUAUUUGAUAUAUCAAGGUCACAGAAUACAAAAUAUAUCCAACAAACCUCCGCCAAACCCUGAUGAUGUCCUUAGACGCGCUCGACAAGAAGGUAGAGACGACAGCUCUACAGCAGGAGGAGGCUUUUCACAUGCAUAUACUUCUACCUCGCAGCAUUUCAGAACAUCUGCUCAUGAAAAGCGCCCUGAGUUGGUCCACGAGUCGACGUCGGAGCAUGAGCGUCGCUCACACAUGCCGCCGAUUCCGGACUACUUACACACAACAUACUCUUGCCAGCGUCCAACUCCUAUAAGCCCCCCUAACGACUCUUUUAUCGACGAGUUAGAAAAUAUUCGGACGCUUAGAACUCUCGAGGGUGACAAGAUAGGCAUCAGAGCCUACUCUACAAGUAUCGCCUCUUUGUCAGCUUACCCCUAUCUCAUUUCGUACCCAGCUGAAGUGGCCAGACUGCCUGGUUGUGGCGAUAAGAUUGCCACGCUCUAUCAACAAUGGAAAGCGAAUGGCUAUUUAGAAGAGGUUGAAGAGGCAAAGAAGGAUCCGAAAAUGUCCGCACUACAAUUAUUCUACAACAUAUGGGGCGUCGCAGACACUACUGCUCGCGAGUUCUAUAAGAAAGGAUGGCGAGAUCUCGACGACAUAGUUGAAUACGGGUGGGAUAGUCUAAGUAGAGUUCAACAGAUCGGUAUCAAGUACUACGACGAACUACAGAAGAAAUUACCUUGUCGUGAAGUUGAGGAAAUCGGGCGGGUUAUACUGAACCACGCUAAUAAGAUUCGUAGGGGUUUCGAGAUGGUUAUCGUCGGAGGCUAUAGAAGGGGUAAAAGGGAAAGCAGCGAUGUUGAUGUUAUCCUCAGCCAUCCCGAUGCGGUCGCCACCUUUAACUUUGUCGUGGCUAUUGUCAAUAGUCUUGAGAAGGAUAAACAUAUAACUCACACGCUCAUUAUGAGCACCAAGAAUAGCGAGCGUGGGCAGACUCCAGUGCCAUGGAAGGGACAGGACCGUAAGGCAGGCGCCGGAUUCGAUACCCUGGAUAAAGCCCUAGUGGUGUGGCAGGAUCCGUACUGGGACAAGACCGUAUCAUCCAAGAACCCGAACCCUCAUCGGAGAGUCGACAUCAUUAUCAGUCCAUGGAAGACAGCGGGCUGUGCCGUAGUUGGUUGGACGGGAGGCACGACCUUUCAACGGGACCUACGGAGAUACUGCAAGCAUGUAAAGGCUCUCAAGUUCGAUAGUAGCGGCAUACGGAGUCAGACAGACGGAAGUUGGGUAGAUCUCGAAAGCGAUGCACACGGAUCGGCUCCAGAUCUGCUUACGGCCGAGAAACGGGUUUUUGAGGGUCUUGGACUGGAAUGGCGUCCGCCGGAGGAAAGGUGUACGCGAUGAUUACAUUAAUAGUCCUCAUUUUCUUCACGCUAUAGCUACGAGAUUACCUAAAAUACUCUAUUAACACGACCCGGGGCCCUUAAAAUUAUAUUGCGUCUAGGAUUAUCGAUACGAUCCCAAAGUUUAUCAAGCCAAAAAGGGAUGGGAUUUGGAGUUUUAUUGCUCCUGAGGGCGAUAGAUAUUUACAACAUCUACUCCAUUAUCCAUCCAUUCAACUCCUUAAAAGUAACAAGGGAAGUUUAAUAAGAUACAUAUUAAACAUGAUAUGUUAAGUCGAUUUAGUACUCUGUUAGUAAGAAUAAAUAAAAAGAAGGAUAAGUUUUGCUGUACUUAAUUAAUAACAGCAAUGUCAUUUUUAAAGGACAUUUUAUUAUGGACGAUCUUGUCUUGCUUCCCCUAUUCGGAUCUUUG